AUGUCUGAAGAUUCAAAGCAACCGUUUCAGCAAGUGAAUAUCGAUGAUGAUCAAAAUGCAAUGGCUGACUUUGUCACUGAAUUUACCACGUAUGAAGCAUUUCUCGAUAGUCAAAUAUCCGAAAUUGAUCAAUAUUACUUACAAGAUACUGACAUUGCACGAGAGUUUGUUGAAUUAGGUUACCGUGGUGUUGGUCAUGGUAUAUCUCGAAAAGAUUUUCAAGAACGUAAACAUCGUGCUGAAAUGAUUCUUCACUCACGUCGACAAGGUCCAAUUGCUAUUCUCAGUGAUGCACUGACUGUGAUCAAUCCAUUUGCUAAAGAACUUGCUGUACGUGAAGAAGCAAAUCGAACAACACGUCUACUAACGAUUAUUUUCAUACGUGAUCGAAAUCAUCUUGGUCAGGAAAUCUCGGCAUAUGUAGAUUAUGCACAUCGAUUGAAAUCAGAAGAUUUCACUUCAAUUUUCCUAGGAAAAAAUAAACUUGUACCAUUGACGACAGAUUUAAGUUUCUACAAUUGGCACACACAUUUGUGUGUAUCGAAUAACACGCAAAAUUUUCAUCUAGUAUCCAAUGUGAGUGGUGUUCAAUUUCGCUGUGAGCAUGACAGAAAAAUGAUUUAUGUGGAUCCGGAAUUGAAACACUACGGAGAUGGAACGGCAAGAAUCGUUGUUGACACCGAUGAAUAUCUGCAAGUGAUUCUCUAUGUUCGAUUUCAAGAACUGGUUCUAUUGUCUGUAUUGAAUAGAACUGUACUUUUAGGAUCAUUAUUUACGUCGGAAGAAAUUUUGAAUUUGAUGCUGUAA